ACCUGUGACACUGAGUCACCUGGUCCUAUCAGGAAACAGAAGGGCUAUAAAUCAUGCUCCAGUGAAGAACUCCAGUCACUUCCACAACCACCUGCAGUAGGACAGAAGAAGCUUCCAGUCUUCCUGGAAACAAAAGAGAUGAUUCUGCCAAUAGUGUUCCUGUGUCUUGCAGCUGUGCUGUCUCCAUCCACUGGACAGGACAUGAGCUAUGUGCCUCUCCCUUUGCUCACAGUCCCAUCCUCUCUACAGGUACCUGAAGCUUUCACUGCUCUGAUAACUAGCAAUCCUGAUCAGCAAAAGCUAAUUGUUGACAAACACAAUACACUCAGGAGAGGAGUAAGCCCGUCUGCCAGCAACAUGUUGAGGAUGGAAUGGAACCCUGCAGCUGCAACUAAUGCUCAAAACUGGGCAAAUCAAUGUUCUCUCAGUCACAGUCCUUCAAGCCAGAGGAGAACCAAUGUAGAUUGUGGUGAAAAUCUCUACAUGUCAACUGCCCCUUCCUCAUGGUCAGAUGCUAUUCAGGCCUGGUACGAUGAGGUGAAAGAUUUCAAAUAUGGAGUAGGAGCAACAACAAAAGAUGCUGUGAUUGGCCAUUACACUCAGGUGGUUUGGUACAAGUCUUACCAAAUUGGAUGUGGGGUUGCUUACUGUCCUACAAGUAACUAUAAGUACUUUUACGUGUGCCAGUACUGCCCUGCGGGGAAUAGGGAAGAUUUAAUAAAGACACCCUACAAAGAAGGAAAACCCUGUGGUGACUGCCCUAAUGCUUGUGACAAUGGAUUAUGCACCAACCCUUGCAAGUUUCUGGAUCUUUAUUCCAAUUGUCCUCAAUUGGUAAAGGAUUAUGGAUGUGCCAAUACCUUUGUUAACCAGAACUGCCCAGCUUCUUGCCAAUGCAAAACUGAAAUAAAAUAAAAAGCUCAUCACUUUCCACACAUCCAUCUCCUUCAUAGCUUCUUUCACAAAAACAAAGUAUAUCCUACAUUCACCAUGUAUACAGAAAGACUGACUUCAGUCCAGUGAUACAUAUGAGAAAGAGCUACAGGCCAAUGUUAUAUUCUAUUCACAUAAUGCUCUGGAAGUGUAGUGGAGGUGUUAAUUGAGAUUUGGCAUUUGGUUAUCAGACAUAUAUAGUGAUCAGCUUCUCGCAUCUUUGUUUUCCCAAAAUGUUAUUAAAGGAGCACUGAUUGAUUUUCUGUUCUAAAAAGAUCCAUAUGUUUUUUAUGUUCUUAGAAUACUAAUGGAACUAAUCCUAACUUUACCAACAUUUUGAAUUUAUGUACUGGAAACUGGACCAGAAGAUAAAUGGCAUUACCUGAAAUAUGUAAUUCUCAAAAUAAAGUAAAAUAAAAGAAAAGAAAUUAGGAGAGAAAAUCAUCUUCCACUAGUACUAUACUGGUUUGUAAUGUUGUAACGUGUCUUUUGCUGACAUACUUUCUACUGCAAAAUAGUAACACCUAUUGCUUAAAAAAAAAAAAAGAGUAUAGUUCAUUUAUAUUAAUGAUCCUUUUUAUAAUGCAAGAUUACACUUAGCAUAAAUACAAAUAACCAAAUCUGCUCUCUAAUCAAAAAGAACAGCCUGAUAAAAUGGUUUAACUCACA